AUGGCGAGGCCCCUAGCACCAAGACCACCAAGACCACCAAGUCAGCCCCUGCCACCAAAAGCGCCAAAAUUCUUCUGCGCCAACAUAGACGCACAGGAUCGUGUCGAUGACCCACCAGAUUCUUCUGUCCUCAUAGAUUAUAUCAGAAAUGCCUAUGAGGAAAGCGUACCCCGGGAUGAGCAGUUGCGCAAGGAAAAGCUUUUCAUGGAGGGAGUGAUGGUUGAUGCCCACAACACAGACCUCGUGUGCGUCUUCGUUGAUGUGCCGAAUACAUGCGACGCCACAGGAAUCAUCUGUUCUUCCAUUUGCGAACUGGAAAGAAGAUACCAGGACGUCGCCGAGGACCAUAUUGGUCGCCCGCGAAGACCCAAUGACACUGGGUAUUAUAACGAUCACUUUGUCUGGGGCUGUGGCAUCCACCCUGGACAUCCACACGCUUCACUGAGGCCAGGGUUUGCGCGAAUUUGCUUCGCGUUCCCGACCAAAGCUGAACAUAGUGGCCAUGUAGUUCAGCAGGUGUAUCGCAAUCUCAAGGCAGUAUAUCGGCAUCGUCUUUUGCGUCGGUGCACUCUUCCCAUUGAAUUCAGGAAUAUGUACAUAUUUGUUUCCCAGCCGAUCUGGUACUUCCAUCGAUAUAAUCCUCUGACAUUCAGGAGAGUUGGAAGGCUACAUGAUAUUGCAGAUUGA